AUGGUGAAGUGUGGAGGUCUAAAGAUGCUUCGAAUAGAAGACGGCGGGCAUGGUAUCCGCGCAGAUGAUUUGCCUAUCCUUUGCGAACGCUUUACAACUUCGAAGCUCCAAAAGUAUGAAGACCUUCUCAGCAUUGGAACCUUUGGCUUCCGGGGUGAAGCUUUGGCAUCAAUAAGCCACGUGGCGCACGUCACGGUUACCACUAUGACAAGUACUGAUACGUGUGCCAACCUUGCGACCUACAGUGAAGGCAAACUGCAAGGGCAAGUCAGGCCCUGUGCAGGAACUCCGGGCACCACUCUUGUAGUGGAGAAUAUGUUCUACAACAAUCCAACACGCAGACAGGCGUUGGGCAAAGAGAGCAUUGAGCACUCCAAAGUGCUAGAAGUGGUUCAACGCUAUGCCAUUCACUAUCCAAAUGUUGGCUUCACUUGUCGGAAGUACAACGGUUCGUUUGAACUCACCACUUUGGGAGGGAGCAGCCCUAGCGAGGUGAUUGCAACCAUUUGGGGUCAGAACUUGGCUCAGGAGCUGUUCGCUUUUGACGUUAAGUCUGAAGAACCACGCUUCUCGUGUCGAGGCUUUGCAUCGAAUCCAAACUAUUCUAGUAGGGUUUCUACGUUGAUUCUGUUCAUCAACAAUCGCCUCGUAGAGUCAGCGUCCUUGAAGCGUGCAGUGGAAGCAGUUUAUCAACCAGUGCUACCACGUCACCAACAUCCUUGGGUUUACUUGGCCUUGGAUGUAGAUCCCACGACCAUUGAUGUGAACGUUCAUCCCACCAAAAUGGAGGUGCAGUUUCUACAUGAGGAGACAAUCUCUCAAAGGCUUCAGGAAACUCUGGCGUCACAGCUACGCAGCGCGGGUAGUGCAAGAAGCUUUGCAAGUGUCCUUCCAUCCCCUGCACGUGGCACCUUUACACUUCCUGUGGAGACCAAAGAUGUCAACACAUCAGACAAGGACAAGGUGGAAAGACGACAGGUACCAAACCCAACUCGCGUUCGCACAGACCAUCGUCAGAUGUCCUUGGAAACCAUUUUUCGUGAAUCGCAGGCUUCACAGGGCAUGCAGAUAGGAGCUGGAGCAGAUGCACCCACAACACAAGCUGGCUUUGAGGUUGUAGACUCUGAUCGGAUGGCAGCAUUUGAGGAAGCUCAGCAACUUACGUCUGUUGAAGAGCUACGAAAAGCAGUUGAUUUGGCCUGCGAUGAGAAGUUUUCAACCCUGCUCAACCAGUCGAUCUACGUUGGCCCUGUCAACCACGAACUGGUUCUUUUGCAAUGCGGAGCCUCUUUGUGCCUUGCAAAUCUAGCAAUUCUGGCCCGAGAGUGCGCCUACCAGAGGCUAUUGAGGUUGAUUGGCGGCUUUGGCUGCAUGACAUUAGAGGAGCCUUUACCCUUAUCUGACUUGAUGAAGUUGGGCCUGAGAGAUCCCCAGUCAGGUUACGACGAGAACCUUCAUGCUCAUGAGGAUAUGGUCUCUUUGGAAAGACGUUUUGAAAUGCUGUUGCUCGAAAAGGCUGACCUACUCAGGGAGUAUUUCAUGCUUGAGAUUGAGGAAGUCAAAGUCGAAAGUGAGGAAACAAAUGGUGUAAGCUCACAACCACGACAGCGGCGCGGAUUCUUGAAAAGUAUUCCAAAUGGCUUGGGUCUGAGCUCAGAUGUUGGAUGUUGCUUUGACAGUUUCCCACUCUGUUUAGUAAGACUAUGCAGUGAGGUUGAUUGGAGUGACGAGAAGUCUUGCUUAGAUGGUAUAUGUCAAGUCAUAGCAGACUUUUGCGCUGACCUUCUGCUACCCAGCCCGUCUGUGGAUAUUUCAAGGGCAGCCACCGAUGCUUGGAACGCAGCUGUUGCAGCUGGGGAAUUCGAAGAUGUUGCUGCUGCUGCUACCAAGCGACCUCGUACCAGCCCUCAAGAGUUGCAGGGUCUUCGAUGGCUUCACGAAGCUGUUCGAAAGGGGCUAUGCAAAUGGCCAACAAAUUUCACGAAGGAUGGAACUGUUUUGGACCUCGUAUCUUUGGAUCAGCUCUACAAGAUCUUCGAGCGUUGCUAG